AUGUCAUUGCUGCCAGUUUUGUUGAACGAACUGCUGGACGAUUAUCGUAGGCCAGUCUGCGAUUUGCGAGACCAGCAUUUUGGACUCGGUCUAUUCGACGAUGACUUGAGACCAAGCAGGUUGUUGUCUAAUCCUCUACGCUGCGGCUACAUCCGCCCAUGGAGGAACCUUGCUGCCGGUGAUUCUGGCCUUUCGUCCAUCGUCUCUGACAAGGAUGGGUUCAAAGUCAACUUGGACGUGCAGCAGUUUAAGCCGGAAGAGCUUAAAGUAAAAGUCGAGACCGAUAUGGUUGUCAUUGAUGGGAAGCACGAAGAACGAUCGGACGAGCACGGUUUUAUCUCGAGACAGUUCACGAGGAAAUACAGGAUUCCCAAAGAUGUUGAUGUCAACGCUCUCAAAUCGAAUCUUUCUUCCGACGGUGUCCUUUCACUCCAAGCACCCAAGCUGAUCUCCAAGGAGAAUCCUUCUCGAGAAAUUCCCAUCACUCAUUCAAAUGCUCCAGCUUUGAAGCAGAAAAAGGAUAAAAAUGAGAAAAUGGAAGAGUAAUUUUAAAAGAAAAAAAAU